UUCAAUCAUACCCUCACCACGUGGUUUGUAAAAACACGGAUGGACUCUAGGGGUCCGUUGUGGACUGUCAGAGGGAAAAUGGUGUGAAUGUUGUUAUUGAAUGAUUCGGCGCAGUAGUUUAAACGUUAACAGAGAGUCAGUGUUUUACGACUGACCUUUAGUUGUCACUCACUGUGAUAGACACAGAGGACGGCGGUGGUACAAACAAGCUUAGUAACUAACUUCGGGUUUUUGUUAAGAGAGCCGCCGUGCGUGUCACAGCGCUUUCGUGAGGGGACGAGGAGAGAACUACGGUCUUCGGUCAUGGCUUCCCUCAGUAAUUCAGGAGCCACUUCCAGUCCUGUGGUGAUCCUAGCACCAAAGACCAAAACUAAAAAGAAACACUUCGUUCAGCAGAAGGUGAAGGUGUUCCGGGCCAGCGACCCAGUCCAGAGCGUCUUUAUGUGGGGCGUCAACCACUCGAUAAAUGAUCUGAACCAGGUGCCUGUUCCUGUCAUGCUGCUGCCUGAUGAUUUCAAGGCCAACACCAAAAUCAAAGUCAACAACCACCUAUUUAACAAAGAAAACCUUCCAGGACAUUUCAAGUUCAAAGAAUACUGCCCUCAGGUCUUCAGAAAUUUGAGGGAGCGGUUUGGUAUUGAGGACCUAGACUAUCAGGUGUCAUUAACACGCAGCCCGCCAAUGAGGUCUGUAGACGACCAGGGAGAGAGUCUUCUGCUCAACUCAUACGACCGAACACUGGUCAUCAAGCAAAUCUCCAGUGAGGAUGUUGCAGACAUGCACAGCAUCCUGUCUGAGUAUCACCAGCACAUAGUGAAGUGUCAUGGCAGCACCCUGCUGCCACAGUUCCUGGGUAUGUACCGUGUGAGCGUUGACAGUGAGGAGACUUACCUUAUCGCCAUGAGAAACAUGUUCAGCCACCGACUGCUGGUGCACAGGAAGUACGACCUAAAGGGCUCUCUGGUGGAUCGUGAAGCGAGUGACAAGGAAAGGGUCAAAGAGCUCCCUACCUUCAAAGACAAGGACUUCAGGAACAACAUGCAGAAAGUUUAUGUGACUGAGGAGCAGAAGGAAAAGUUCAUGGAGAAACUUAACCGAGAUGUGGAGUUUUUGGUGAAGCUGAAGAUCAUGGACUACAGCCUGCUACUGGGUAUUCACGACGUGGGCCGAGCUGAACGGGAGGAGGAGGAGGGUGAGGAGGUUUCCCACGAGGAGGAACAGGAAACAGAGAACGGCCUGAGUCUUGGCCCCACAGUGGGAUCCUAUGGCACCUCUCCAGAGGGAAUCGCUGGAUAUAUGGCAUCCUGCAAACCACUCGGGCCUGGAGAGUUUGACCCUUAUGUGGAUGUGUAUGCGCUUAAAAGCUGCACAGGAGCUCCUCAGAGGGAGGUCUAUUUCAUGGGCCUGAUUGAUGUUCUGACUCAGUACGACACCAAGAAGAAAGCUGCCCAUGCAGCAAAAACUGUCAAACACGGGGCUGGUGCUGAAAUCUCCACUGUCCACCCAGAGCAGUACGCCAAACGAUUCCGUGACUUCAUUUCAAACAUUUUUGCAUAACACUGCCAUACAUUCCUUCAUUCAAUCGUUAAAAAAAGAACUUUCCAUUCACAAAAAGAAAAGUUGGCACCCACGUGAAUAUUAAUUUAUUUGCUGCAGUGUAAUUUAAUACUUCUGAUGCAUAUAUUUAUUUUAAAUGUUUAAGAUGCAUUUCUCAAAUUAUUAAAUUAAUAUAUAACAUUCUGAAGCAAUAUGGUACUUAGAAACAGCUUGGUCAGCAGCUGUUUUCUUGGUCAAUGAAAUUCUUUGGGUCAAACUUUCAUUUCACUUUACAAUGUUCAAUAGAUUUUUUUUUUUUUUAGAAACUUUGUUGUUUUUUUAUAUUCAACACUAGAUCAGUCUGUUGACACCAUUUAACAGAUAAUAUCCCAGAGACAUACAACUGGUUUUAGCCCAGAAUAUUCAACAUGAUGGUUUGAUUAGAAUAGUCCAAACUUAAAAAAUGUAACACAAGCAUUAGACUUGGUUUACUUUUACACUGAACUUUUGAAGCCAGAACAAACAUGCUGGACAAGUCCAGGCAGUUACAGCAGCUGCUACCAAAAACGUUUCAGUGACCAGAAAGGUAAAGAAGUCAGAGUAGUCCUCUGAUCACAUAUCGACAAGAACCUUCACCUCCUCACUACUGUCUGGCCAAGGGAAAUUUCCCAUGUCUUUCUUUGUUUACCUCUCCUUAGAUUACCCACUGCUUUUUCUAUGCAAAAUGACUUCACUACACUGUAUAUCACUAAGUCUUCUUCCUCUCUUUGGUUUGCUGAAUAGUACGUACGUAUUUUCUACUGUAAGCGAACUGCAUUAGGGUUAACUUGCAAACACACCUAUGCCUUCAGAUGGCAAGAGGACCGAGAUGUAAACUGAGAAACCGGAAUCUGGACCAUUUAAAGCUGACCAAACAGUUCUCAUGUAAUAGCACCCUUAGUUGAGCAGUAGCACUGGAAAUAUGAGCCCAGGAGCUCAAAUGAAUCUGAAACACAAGACUUUACACAUUAUACUUGUGUUUUUAUACUUAAUAUAAUAUUAAAUAAGAAUUACGGAACUAAAUGAAGGCUGGCUGAAACUUUUCUUUUCACAGUAUUUAUGUCUAGUCAUUUUUGCUGACUACUGACACAAGACCUAUGAUUAAGCCACUCCUAGUCACAACUACUUUGGUAGCGGACGUAGUCACUACAUAAUGAAGUAAUAAAGUGUAGACGAAGAUUUCAGACUGUGGGUGUCAGGGAAACUUAAACUUCUUAUAAAGUUCUUAGAGAUUUUCGUACUGAGUUUUACCAUAUAUGUAUAUGAAGAAGCGCGUGGAAUAGCUAUUAUCUCACUAAAUUUAUUUCUAAAUUCUGCUUUCUGUUAAGUCCUUUUCUUGUCACAGUGUAAUCAGCCUAACAAAACUUAACUUAAAAAAAAGACAGAUACUCAGGACUUACUGUCACUUCGCUCUUUUAGUUUUCUGUCAGUCCGGAGCUAGCGUGACGAAUUUACAAAUUGUUUUUAGCGCCAUUUUGUCAAGCUAAUAACACAGGUACCUUCGGUCAUCUGGCACCGCACCCGCCUCCUAGACAUUCCACAGUCAUCGUAUUGCUGACAUAAUCUAACUUUCUUGGCGUUUUACGAUUGACAGCUCUAGAAAUAUAAUACUUUUCAACAAUAUGACCCUUAAAUAAAUGGCUAUGUUAAUCAGCUAAACUACAUGUACCCCUAGCAAGCCAAUCAACGUAUAACGUAGCACAUGACGUUGCGUCACGGAAGUGGUGUCGCAGCGCAUUCUAAAGGUAAAAUUGAUAGUUAGCAUCGCCUCUGCUAGUAGACUGUGGCUCAUGGAAGUAACACAGCUUAAGCAGUGGACGGUAAAAAUACACAUUGAUAUAAGCAAUAAUUAGUAGAAAAUAGAAUGGCCCUUGUGUUUUGCUCUCUAUGGUUUAAUUUGUUAUUAAAUAAGAGAACACGAAAAACGCUACCGUCUAAUAAACAUUUUCAAGUGUGCAGUCCCUCUGAGGAUAUUCUGAAGAAUAUUCUGGACCAUGUUUGUCCAUGUUUUGAAUUGUUGCUAAUAAAAAACACAUUAAUGUAAAGCAAA